AUGUCGUGCAGUAUUCAUGGAGUUGAGGCGAUUCGAUGCCACGUGUGCAAGUUCUCGGGACCCCCGGAUGACUGGGGCAUCAAUUGCAACGACCCCUUCAACAUCAACGGAACACUCAGGGAAUGCUCGUUGGAAAUGUUCUACGACUCGAGCGGAAGCAUCCCGCCCCCCAACAUGACGGCGUUUUUCUGCCGCAAAACCGUGCAAAGAGUGAAGGACAUGCUGCUGGUGAAGCGGUCCUGCGCGUGGGAAGAGUACGACGUGAAGGGCAAGGAGUGCUACAUGACCGGCGACUUGAACUUCAGCACGCUGAGCUGCGUGUGCUACACCGACGGCUGCAACACGGCUGCACCCGCCCUGAUGCUGGCCUCCGUGGCCACGUACUUGCUCAUCUCUGCUGCUACUGCUCUCAUCUCCACCACCACCACCACCACCAUGCAUCUCUCAUCAUUCUCAUCAGCAUGAUGCUGCUGCAUGAUGGUCGGAAUACUUGUAGAAAUUUGACGCAGAGAGUUUUCAUCGAUUAUCGAUUCAUUACUUUCUCGCUCAGGCAGAUACAUAAUAAUAUGAGUCACGAUUUGUUGCAC